CAGCUGAAUUUGAUCUGGAAAUGGAAACAGAUUUCUGUUGCUUAAGUAUAGUCCUGCAGCAUUGCACAGUGAGUCAAAGGCCUGGGAGAGGCUAAGUGACCUGUUGCAAAGCCUGUUAGAUGUCCUGCAAAGGUAAUUGAAUAUUCCUGGCAACUAUAUUCCCCGAACACGGGCUUAAUUUAAAACAGACGUACAACUGACAAAAGCCAAACCAGUUUCUCUAAUUUGGUCCGAACGGAAUAAGAUCGCUCUAGGGAUCUGUGAGGAUGUGUGUGAUCGCUUCUAAUGGUGGAUUUAAUCUCUAUCGCGGGUGAAGCGCGUGCUCGACACCCGGAUGUUGCGGAGAUGCUUCAGCAUCAGCAUCAUCCACAGCGCUCUGAACAUGAUGGAUAAGAUGGUGUGAUAUAAUCACACCAACUGGACUGUAACAACCGAUAAAACAGGUUUUCAAUGUGGAGGAGGGGAUGGACGAGCCAGAGGAACCGACUGAAGGGGCAAACUAUGCCAGUGGCAGCAGAGCCUCUGUCUCCAGUGAAGCCCCGCCCACCUGGACAGAAGGGCCGUCAAUCACCAGCCAUCACUCUCCGGCCCGGGCCGCCGCUCUCUCCUGGCAGGCAGCGAUUAACGCCGCAAGACAAUCUCAGGGUGUCCCAAAGACCACAAACUCCUCCGCGCCUGCGAGCGUUGCUCCGGUCAGCUCUCUGGCCCAGAGGAAACGGCAGCAAUACGCCAAAAGCAAGAAACAGGGAAGCAUCACUAAUAGCAGACCUCCAAGAGCACUUUUCUGCCUGACUCUCAAUAACCCUGUGCGCAGAGCCUGCAUUAACCUAGUGGAGUGGAAACCUUUUGAUAUCUUUAUACUGCUGUCAAUUUUUGCCAACUGUGUGGCCUUAGCUGUUUACAUCCCCUUUCCUGAAGACGAUUCCAACUCAACUAAUCAUGAUUUGGAAACGGUAGAAUAUGCCUUCCUGAUCAUUUUCACGAUUGAAACCUUCCUCAAGAUCAUCGCUUAUGGACUGGUGAUGCACCAGAACUCCUAUGUGAGAAACGGGUGGAAUAUGUUGGAUUUUGUCAUCGUCAUUGUUGGUCUCUUCAGUGUUGUGCUGGAGCUGAUAACCAAAGAUCGAGAUGUCAGCGGGCAGACAGGCGGAAAGCCGGGCGGCUUCGAUGUCAAGGCUUUACGAGCGUUCAGAGUUCUGCGGCCCCUCCGUCUGGUCUCAGGAGUGCCAAGCUUACAGGUGGUGCUGAAUUCCAUUAUUAAAGCCAUGGUUCCUCUGCUUCACAUCGCUCUGCUCGUACUCUUCGUCAUCAUCAUCUACGCCAUCAUCGGUCUGGAGCUGUUCAUCGGGAAGAUGCACGCGACCUGCUAUCUAAACGGCACGCGUACAUUAGCAGAAGAGGAUCCUGCUCCCUGCUCUCUUUCAGGUCAUGGGCGUCACUGCCCUCUCAACGGCACCGUGUGUAGGGACGGCUGGCACGGGCCCAACAACGGCAUCACAAACUUUGACAACUUCCUGUUUGCCAUGCUGACGGUGUUCCAGUGUAUCACCAUGGAGGGCUGGACUGAUGUGCUGUACUGGAUGAAUGAUGCCAUGGGCUUUGAGUUGCCUUGGGUCUAUUUUGUCAGUCUGGUCAUUUUCGGCUCCUUCUUUGUCCUCAAUCUAGUACUGGGAGUUCUCAGUGGAGAGUUCUCUAAGGAGCGCGAGAAGGCCAAGGCUCGUGGAGAUUUCCAGAAACUGCGUGAGAAGCAGCAGCUUGAAGAGGAUCUGAAGGGAUAUCUGGAUUGGAUCACACAAGCUGAGGACAUCGACCCUGAUAAUGAUGAAGGGGGAGAUCAGGAGGCCAAACGCAACCGGGUGACGCUGGGCGAUCUCACCCACGGGAAGAGCACGGGAAACUCGGGCUGGUUCAGUCAGUCCACUGAGACUCAGGCAAGUAAUCCCAUCAGUGAGACCGAAUCUGUGAACACAGAGAACCCAGAAGAGAGUGAGAAGAUCCUCUGCUGCGGGCGCGUCUGUCAGAAAUUGACGAAGUCGAAAUUCAGCCGCUGGCGUUGCUGGAACAGGUUUUGUCGCAGGAAGUGCCGAGCUGUGGUGAAAUCCACCGUCUUCUAUUGGCUGGUGAUUCUGCUGGUGUUCCUGAACACACUCACGAUAUCAUCCGAGCAUUAUAACCAGCCCGACUGGCUCACGGAGGUCCAGGAUGUGGCUAAUAAGGUGUUGUUAGCCCUGUUCACAUGUGAGAUGCUGAUUAAAAUGUACAGUCUGGGGCUCCAGGCAUACUUUGUGUCGCUCUUCAACCGCUUCGACUGCUUCGUAGUGUGCGGAGGCAUCGUGGAGACGAUCCUCGUGGAGCUGGAGAUCAUGUCUCCUCUCGGCAUCUCCGUGUUCCGCUGCGUCCGGCUCCUCAGGAUCUUUAAAGUCACGCGUCACUGGGCGUCUCUGAGUAAUCUAGUGGCGUCUCUGUUGAACUCCAUGAAGUCCAUUGCGUCCCUGUUGCUGUUGCUCUUCCUCUUCAUCAUCAUCUUCAGUUUGCUCGGCAUGCAGCUCUUCGGUGGCAAGUUCAACUUUGACGAGACUGUUACCAAACGAAGCACUUUUGACAACUUCCCUCAAGCCCUGCUGACUGUGUUUCAGAUCCUGACAGGUGAGGACUGGAAUACAGUGAUGUAUGAUGGGAUCAUGGCGUAUGGAGGCCCUUCUUCCUCGGGCAUGCUCGUGUGCAUCUACUUCAUCAUCCUCUUCAUCUGUGGGAACUACAUCUUACUGAACGUCUUCUUGGCCAUUGCUGUGGAUAACCUGGCAGACGCUGAAAGUCUGAACUCUGCCCAGAAAGAGGAGGAGAAGAGGAACAAGAGGAGGAAGAGCAGGAGUAUGAGCAUAUUCAAGAGAGAUGGUGACGAUGGAAACUUUAAGGCGUCUGGUGAUCAGGAGGCUGAUCAGGAUCUGGAUGAGGACAUGAUUGACUCCUCAGAGGAGGAUGAGGAAGAAGAGCCCGAGGUGCCAUCAAGGCCGAGGCCACAGAGACUGUCAGAGCUGAGCCUCAGGGAAAAGAUGCCACCUAUCCCAGAGGGAAGCGCCUUCUUCAUCUUUAGCAACUCCAACCCGAUCCGUGUGGCGUGCCAUCGGCUCAUCAAUCAUCAGAUCUUCACCAACCUCAUCCUCAUCUUCAUCAUGCUGAGCUCCGUCUCGCUGGCAGCCGAGGACCCCAUCCGUAACUUCUCUGCCAGAAACAUCGUUCUCGGUUAUCUUGACUAUGCCUUCACCGCUAUAUUUGCAGUGGAGAUCUUAUUGAAGAUGACAGCGUUUGGUGCUUUCCUUCAUAAAGGGGCUUUCUGCAGAAAUUACUUUAAUUUGCUGGAUCUGCUGGUGGUUGGAGUCUCUCUCGUUUCCUUCGGCAUACAAUCUUCGGCCAUUUCAGUGGUGAAGAUUUUAAGGAUUCUGCGUGUGCUUCGACCUCUGAGAGCCAUCAACAGAGCCAAAGGACUCAAACAUGUGGUUCAGUGUGUGUUUGUGGCCAUCAGGACGAUUGGGAACAUCAUGAUCGUCACCACACUUCUUCAGUUCAUGUUUGCCUGCAUCGGUGUGCAGUUGUUCAAGGGGAAGUUCUACCGCUGUAGCGAUGAUGCAAAGACAAGUCCAGAGGACUGCAAAGGGACGUAUAUCGUGUACAGUAUCGGUGAGACGGCACUGCCACAAGUGCGAGAGAGGAUCUGGUUCAACAGCGACUUUAACUUUGAUAAUGUGCUGAUGGCUAUGAUGGCCCUCUUCACUGUCUCAACGUUUGAAGGCUGGCCAGCCCUGCUGUACAAGGCCAUCGACUCAAGCAAGGAAAACAUGGGCCCCAUUUACAACUACCGUGUGGAGAUCUCCAUCUUCUUCAUCAUCUACAUCAUCAUCAUCGCCUUCUUCAUGAUGAACAUUUUUGUGGGUUUUGUGAUCGUCACGUUUCAGGAGCAGGGCGAGAAAGAAUACAAGAACUGUGAGCUGGACAAGAACCAGCGUCAGUGUGUGGAGUACGCUCUGAAAGCCCGUCCGCUGAGGAGAUACAUCCCCAAAAACCCCCACCAGUACAAGUUCUGGUAUGUGGUGAACUCCACCGGCUUUGAGUACGUCAUGUUUGUGCUCAUCGUGCUCAACACACUGUGUCUGGCGGUUCAGCAUCACGGCCAGUCACGUCUUUUCAAUUAUGCGAUGGACAUUUUGAACAUGGUGUUCACGGGGGUCUUCGCAGUUGAAAUGAUUCUCAAACUGGUUGCCUUCAAACCGAAGGGUUAUUGUGUGGAUCCCUGGAAUGGGUUUGAUGCUCUGGUGGUGGUUGGCAGCAUAGUAGACAUCGUUCUGAGUCAGCACUAUUUUGCCGAUGCAUGGAACACGUUUGAUGCCUUAAUUGUUGUUGGUAGCAUCGUUGACAUUGCGAUCACAGAGAUCAAUAACACAGAGGACAGCGCAAGGAUUUCCAUCACCUUCUUCCGUCUGUUUCGAGUCAUGCGCUUAGUGAAGUUGUUGAGCAGAGGAGAGGGCAUUCGCACGCUCUUAUGGACCUUCAUCAAGUCAUUUCAGGCUCUUCCGUACGUGGCUCUGCUCAUCGCCAUGCUGUUCUUCAUCUAUGCUGUCAUUGGAAUGCAGGUGUUCGGGAAGGUCGCGAUGGUGGAUGGAACCAGCAUUAAUCGUAACAAUAAUUUCCAGACCUUUCCACAAGCUGUGCUCCUGCUGUUCAGGUGUGCGACGGGUGAGGCGUGGCAGCAGAUCAUGUUGGCGUGUCUGCCUGGCAAACAGUGUGACUCUGAGUCCGACUAUAACCCUGGAGAGGAAAAAACCUGCGGCAGCUCCUUCGCCAUCCUCUACUUCAUCAGCUUCUACAUGCUCUGUGCUUUCCUGAUCAUUAAUUUGUUUGUCGCUGUCAUCAUGGACAACUUUGACUACCUGACGCGUGAUUGGUCGAUUCUUGGACCGCAUCAUUUAGAUGAAUUCAAGAGGAUCUGGUCGGAAUAUGAUCCAGAGGCCAAGGGUCGUAUCAAACACUUAGAUGUGGUGACGCUGCUGCGCAGGAUUCAGCCGCCGCUGGGCUUUGGCAAGCUGUGUCCUCAUAGAGUGGCAUGCAAGAGGUUGGUUGCCAUGAAUAUGCCACUAAAUAGUGACGGGACGGUCAUGUUCAACGCCACCCUGUUCGCUCUGGUCAGAACUGCUCUGAAAAUCAAGACUGAAGGCAAUCUGGAACAAGCCAACGAGGAGUUACGAGCCGUCAUCAAGAAGAUCUGGAAGAGAACCAGCAUGAAACUGCUGGACCAAGUGGUGCCACCUGCUGGAGAUGAUGAAAUCACUGUUGGGAAGUUCUAUGCCACUUUCCUGAUACAAGACUACUUCAGGAAGUUCAGGAAACGCAAAGAGCAAGGACUUGUGGGAGGCCAACCGCUUUUCAACACCACCACCGCUCUGCAGGCUGGUCUGCGCACACUGCAUGAUAUCGGCCCUGAGAUCCGUCGAGCCAUAUCAUGUGAUCUACAGGAUGAAGGUCUAGUGGACGUCAACCUCCACGAGGAGGAAGAGAUAUACGGGAGGAAUGGAGUUGUGUUUGGGAGUCUGGUCAAUCAUGUGAGUGGAGAUCAGUACGGCAGCAGCGUUACCCAGCGUCCUCUGCAGCUCCCGCUCCCUCUGUGCUCCACACAGAGUUACUGUCAGUCCAUGUCAGACAGCAGAUCGUCCAACUCGAAUAUCAACAAUGCCAACGUGCCAGCGGCCCCCGUCUUCACAAACGGCUGGCACAGUCGCUGCCGCCGGCCCUCCAGGGGCCUGGUGUCCUCUCUGAGCUCCUACCUCAACCUCAGGAGUGAUGGAGAGCUACAGCUCAGGACUCACUCCAAGAGGCCUUGCUCCAGUGCUGUCGGAUAUCCCACUAUCCACGUCCAAAACCCCAGCCAUGGUGACAUCAGCGAUGAUGACAGGAACUCUGUUACGGAGUAUUACAGCGGAGACGAGUUUCACGAGGAUGACGUCAUGCUGGCUAGAGACAGGUCGUACAAAGACUUUCAGGACACUUUGAGUGACUGUGCUGCAGUUAGACCACAGGAUGUGUGCGAAUGUGUCUGUGACGAUGAUGAGCAGCUCAUAUCCCAGCAGCCCCAGAGGUCGUCAAAGCGACUCCUGCUGUCCCCGGCUCAAUCCUCUCACAAGCCCGCUUUCCAUUUCGAGUGUCUGCGCAAACAGAGCAGUCAAGAUGAGAUUCCCCUGCAUCCCGCGGGUCUCCCGCCGCAGCAUCAGGUGAAAACGGCGACCGGUCAAGAAUCGAGUCGAGCCCGGCUCUCUCCGACUCGCUCCAUCCGCUCAUGGGUCACGCCUCCGGCCACGCCUCCACCCUACACCCCUCUGAUCCAGACCGCGCCCAGCGCCAGCAGCACUCCGGGAUUGGUUCACAGGGGCUUCUGGAACUCCCAGCAAGGCUCUGAUUGGUCAGCACGUGCCCCCUCUCUCUUGAAGGUUCCACCGCGGUUGAGCGGCCAUCACCUGCAGCAGCGGAGCAGCGCUCACAGCCUGGUGGAAGCGGUGAUGAUAUCUGGGGGAUUGGGCAAAUACGCGAAGGAUCCAAAGUUUGUGACGGUGACAAAACAAGAGAUUGCCGAUGCUUGUGAAAUGACAAUUGAUGAGAUGGAAAGUGCUGCUAGCAACUUACUGAACGUCACGCUUGGCCACGGGCCGGAGGCAGAGGAGACGGGCUUGUGUCAGAGCAACAUCCGCGACUACAGCGAUGAGGAGACGGACUCGAGCAGCAGACGCGAGGAGGAUCUCACCGACGAAAUGAUCUACGUCUCAGUAUUAUAGUAAAGAACUCAAAAAACCCCAACAAUACUAAAUCACGUAGAAAUAUGAGUGAAUGAGGUUACUGUGCCUUUAAACGGGAGUGUCUGUUGGCUUACUUGGACCGAACGCUUUACGCUUAUGCAUUUGGAUCUUUUCAUUUAGUUAGCAACCUUGUCUUGGGAAAUUUCCAGCAAGAUCCAAAUGUGAUGACAUCCUCAGCCCAAGUGUUUUCCUCUGAAUCUAUGCAUGGACUGGACAGUGGCUCUAACUAACCAGCCAAAGUCCACCUGGUCAAAGCUACUGAACAGACCCAUUCAGGACACGUUUACCGUUCGAGUUGAGAAUUGUACUCACAUAUAUGAAGCAAUUACAAUAGUAAAAGCUUCACAGCAAUACCUCCUGGUUGGAUGACUGAACUAUAUUCCAAGUCUUUCGAAUUAAAUUUCACAAAAAUGUAAGUCAUUAUUGACUGAAUGUCUCCUUUUUUCUAUUGCAUAUUUAAAUGUGGUGCGUCGAGCUCAGUUGUGUUUGGCAUCAUCAAUGUCAAAUCUGCCACAACACAUCUUUAUAAGGCAUACUGGAACGGCUCGAGUAAGUCUGAUCCUCUCACUGAUCGCUAUCAUCUCACUUGGAAUAUAGUGCACAAAUUGUAUGGACUAUGAAAAUCUGAACUUCUCAUUUGUGUAUAAUGGGAAAACAAUAACGGGUUUCAAACAACAACGUGAGAAAAUAUUUUUGUGUGAACAUAAAGUGAUCUUUAGGUCUUGAAAUACUACAUGUUCUUUUUACUAAAUCUUCUGUUUAUUUUGAUGAUUAAUUAAAAAUCAAACUUCAGAAGGACAGUGUCUCUGGAAAACGACUCUUGACUUGAGGAAAUCAUUCCUCCAGAUAGAGCCAGUAGGUCCAGCUGAGAUGACACGACUCUUUGUUUUACAGACUUCACAAAUCAACCUAAAUAUCUUCAGACAUGACCAAAAAAGUCAGUGAUGUUCUGGACUGGCCCAAACAUUUCAUAUUUUUCUAUACACAAGAGCAGGGAUCUACAGAAUAUUGCAGUAUUUAUUAUAAAUGAUUUUUCCGUGCAUAUCAUUAUGUGUCUCGUAAUCUUGAAACAGAAUAACUUCUACACAAGUAUUAAGUAUUGUGGUAUUCCACAAGUAUUCCGCCAUGUUUCUCACUGACACUAGCUUCCCACUCAUAUUAAUGACAUUGUCGUGGCAUUAAUGUGCAUUCAUCUUGUAAAUACAAUCUUUCCGACAUUACUUGAGCGCACAUAGAGGCCUCUAGUGGGAGCAUAUAUGUCUCAAAACAGAUAAUACUGAGAUCAUAUACCUCAAUACUUGUAAUACUGACAGCAUAUGUCUCAAAACAGAUAAUACUGAGAGCAUAUACCUCAAUACUUAAAUACUGGGAGCAUAUAUGUCUCAAAACCGAUAAUACUACAUGCAUAUGCCUCAAAACUGAUAAUAAAAUGGUCCUUCUGCUGAUCACACAGGAUCUUUCUCUCUUUGAAUCUAUUUUCAAUGUUCUUAUAUUUCAUUGGUCCUUUAAUUGAUGAUAAGAUCUGUGGGUCACACAGCUGAUGAUAUAUAGGGCCUCAUUUAUAAAAUGUUACGCAGAAACCGUCCUAAAUUUGAUCUUACCCUCAUUUCUCUGAUGUGCGUACGUGUGAUUCAUAGAAUGAACGUACACACAGAAAACAAGCGUACACCUCUCUUUCAGAUGUGAAAUCUAUAAAUCGCAAAUUAUCUUGAACAUGCGCACAGCUGAAUGGUUUCAGUUCUCCGUGUUUUAAACAACACCUAAUUAAUGUCAUUUACAUAUAAAAGAUCAACAGUCAUCGUCCAAAUCCUUGGCGAGCUGCAAGAAUAGCUUAGAUUUCCAAAAACCUGCAGUAAUCUGACCAGGAAAAGUGUGUACGUCUGCUCAGACCCUGACAUGGCUUUAAGCACUUUUCCAUGACAAAGACCGUUUUUAUAAAUAUGAGCGUUUGCGUGGAUUUAAGCGUACACACACUCUAAGAUCAAAUCUGUGCGUACGCACGCUUUAUAAAUGAGGCCCUUGGACUUAUAUAACUAUAUCUAAACAGGUAGUUCACCCAAAAAUGAACAUUAGCUGUUUUUAUUCUCCUAAAUUAACCAUUUGAUACAAUGCACUUAUUGUGUACAUGCAUGUUGUUACAUUGUACUGCUAUUUUAAAAAUAACUGCAUGCAAUUAAAUCUAUAAUGACACUGUUGACCCUUAACCCACCCUUUAACCUACCCAUACCACUAAACCUGUCCUGACUUUACCCAUAUACACCUCAACAGCAGCACAAGUGCUUUACAAUACAACAUCAACACAAUAAGUAUUUUGAAUCAAACAAUAAUUAUUUUUAAUUAAUAAGUACACAGGAAAGACACCUAAUAUAAAGUGGGACCAACUUAUUUAAAAUAAAAUGAAAAAAUCAGUAUAAAUGACAGAAAAACACAAAAAAUUACUAAAAUAAAAACCCAUUCAAAAUAUUAACAAAAACAAUAAAAAUACAUCAGUGAUACAAAAACACUGCUAGUGAGAAAUGAUCUUUAUUAUAAAGAUGACAUACAGUCAUACAGAAGAUGUGUUGAAGGCACUAGAGUGGUUUAAAUCCUUCACAUACUGUAAACUCAUCCCGUGGCAGCACAAUACAGCUUCUGCAGAGGACAUUCCCCUGAGCAUUAUUAUAUCAGACAUAUCGUACAGUUAGACGACUGUGCUAAAUUCAUAAGAAUCUGCAGCGACUCGUAUGUUGAGGUGUGAGUAGAGCUCAUUAUCAAACACAUACAACGCGCUGAAUUAAUAAGAACAGUCCCGAUCCAUUACUACAGUAGACAAAGGAACUUACAGACCGUCACAAAUCUCUCCCUCAUAAUAUCAAAAAUAUUGGCUUUUGAUAUUACACAUUAUGAAUAAGCAAUAACAGCUACUGUUACUGUGUUUCUCUGCUGUCACCGGUCCAGUAAGGCAGUGCAAUAUUCAAUAAAUUAAUACUUCAUUUAAAAGUUUUUACAUCAGAUAAAGCAAGACAAAAUCCUUUCAUUUUUUGAAAAUAAUAACCUAAAAGCGUCCAUCGGUCCAUUUCAAGCAGGAAUCCGGCGUCCUUCAGACGUCACAGUGAGGACAGAGUACUGUAACAGUCCAUCACAUGUCAAAGGUCAAACACACCUGAUUUUUACUUCAGUCUGCUGAGUUUGAGUCACUAAACAUGACAGUCGUGUCGUGGUUUACUUCACUCGCACUACAUGACGUUAUUCUUUCCGCUGAACACAAAAGGAGAAAUUGAGAAGAAUCUUCACACGGCUCUUUUCCAUACGACAGCAGCUCACUGUUUUUGUUCGUUCAAUUGUUCAUCAUCAUCUUCAUCAUCUCGAGUCACAUGGCAUUACUGUUGCACACAAAAGACCUGCUCGAAAUUGUGUUCAACAGAAAAAACACCAGCAUGCAGGCGUUCACUCGCAACAUUGAGCAAAUAAUGACAGAAUUUUCAUUUUUGUGUGAACUAAUUCAGAAUGCUACAUUCAACUAAAGUAUAUUAGAAAUACAAAAAAUAUUAAACUGAUUCAAAAGGCAUUCAAUUGGAAACAACGCUGUGAAAAACAGUCUGAAAUCAGCAGUUCUUCUGUGGCUAGCUAGGGAAUUAAAAUAUGUUUUUUGUUCAUCUCUCUUUAGUGUGUGAUG